CGCCCUCCAGUACGCCCAUUGUGUGCAUCCAAUUCGUAUCUCUCACUUACUUCAAGGUCACUUUCUAUUAUCCUUCCUAUGACAAUAAUUGUCUAGCCACCUUCCUAGUCAAAUUCCCAAAGUGUAUCGGUAUUUCCGAAUCAUGAACUCGACAAAAUUUUCUUUUGUUCCUUCACGCAGGCUGUGAAUGCCGUAUACGUAUUACUCUGAUGAGUAUCAAGUUUCAUCUAGAUGAGGAAAACAGCUGUAUUUUCCAGUUCUGGUCCUUCCUUUGUCAUACUAUGUCUACGACUAUGCAGGUGCUGUCCCAACAGCUCAUUGACGAUAUUACCGAUGAGGUAUCACACUUUGGCGACGAUGAUCGUGUGCCAACCUUGUGCAGUCUGUGCCUAACGUCUCGGCAAGUGAGCGUACGAGCCAAAGAGCAUCUUUUCCGAGUGAUCUCCAUCACUUGGAACUCUCCAGCGUGGCAAGGAUCUGAGCUCCAGCGUCUCUUCAAAUCGAACCCAGGUCUCGCGCCAUUGGUCAAGUGCUUGAUCAUAGACAACGCUUACUACGCACCGGACUCUAGCAUUUCAACGUCACGUAGCCUCUCGUUUAUCAUGGAACGUAUGACCAACCUGACGCUUAUCCAAUUGUCAGUUAUCAGUUUUUACGGCCUCCCCAGGCGGAACGCCUUUUUUGCUGCCUUUUCCACCUGCACCAAACUCACCGACGUUCGUCUGGAAAUACUUACGCUUCAUUUUCAAGAGUUCCAGAUCAUUCUAACCUCUGUGCCUCUCGAAUGCCUUCGCUUGUCCGAUCUACAUGUCCUCGAACUUGAGGGACGAAAGAUCCGUCUCGACAAGGUUUCGGAUGAGCCUUUCUUGGUGGACUUUCAAGAUCCCAAGUGCAAAAUCCUCCAGCCCCAGAAAGAUCUUAACCUAUCAAUCAAGCAAUUAGUCUUGGAGUUGGUGUCGAUACCAGACAGCAUUCUCAUAGACAUGUUAGCUACUUCGCGAUUCCGUAUCCUAGCGCCGGGCGUCCUAAAAAGACUUGCUAUCGUCACCGCCACUUGCAACGACUUUAUCUGGAAGAGGAUCCAAACGUUUCUAGAAAUCCCCGAAGUCAGGGACUCUGUAUCCGAGCUACAUUUGGGCGAGGAGUACGCGUACAGGGACAGCAAGGGAUCCCACAUGACCGAGGAACAUCUCAAUAUUCGACUUCCUCACUGUGAAAGCCUCGAAUUGUCCCUCUGUGUCAAAAAUUGGGCGCUCAACCAACGUCUGUCGGGAUGGUUUGCGAAAGCUCUCCAGACCAUCUCUCCUCAGUAUACCCCAAUUAAACAAUUGGCGUUAGUUUUCACGUUCCGGUUCGAAGGAGCGACACUGGACGACAUACCGGACGACCAAAGCGAGCUUUGGGCUUGCCUAGAUGAUGCGUUUUGCACCCAUGGGCUUACUACUCUGGCGGAGAUCCAUCUCCGAUUGCAAAUUGACGCAAUUCCAACGUACCCCCGAUUUUGAUUCCAUACUACUCCGGUGACGAAGAGAGUUCAGAGGGUGGUCCGCUAGAGACAGGUGGUGAAGCGUCGGAUGAAGAGGAGGAAGGGUCCAGUGAAGAUUACGAGGACGCUGAAGACGG